AGGAGUCUGAGCUUUGUUGGGGGGACUGGGGGUAAACUGGCUUUCAGCAGAGUUUGCUUCUAGGAAAUUGAUUCUGGCUUCAGUAAGCUUGGAGGCAAGCCCAGAUUCCAGGCAGGGCUCUGCCUGUUACUAGCUGUGUGCCUUUGGGCAAAUCAUUCCCUGGUUCAGAACCUCACUGUCCUCAUCUGUAAAACGCAGGCAACAGUUGUGAGGUUCAAGAUAAAUAUUUAUUCAGAGCACCUGGAACAUAACUGGCCCAGAGGAAGGCUGUGAAGCUGCCCCUGCCACCUGACCUGGGUCUUUCCUCCCCUCCUUUCUUGGCUCCCCUCUGAUCUCAGAUCGUUGUUGACAUUGUUUAUGAGGAAAAGAUCACCCGGAGAAGUUAACAAAGCAGCCAGGAAGCGGCCAGGGUGGGACAGGGUUGGGGAGGGAAGGAGCAUGGGUACGUUCUCAGCGCUCCAGGAGGUGCCAGGCUAGAGGCUGGGCCAGAAGAGCCCCAGUAGAGAAUGGACUAGGCGCCACUUCCUUCCCCUGAGCUAAGGCCCUCAACCUCCAGAGGUGCUCCCCUGGUGUUCCUGCCUUUGCCAUCCCAGACGAGGGAGGUGCCGGAUGUUAGGGCCAUGGGUCCCGUGGCCAGGGAGGCGAUGUGUAAGCACGUCGGUGUUGGAGGGACCAGCAGGCUGCCCUAACCCAUACCCGGAGCGCCUCACCUCCCACGCCGCCUAUGCUUUUCCAGGCCUCACAGAGCUGGCCAGCCUCCGCCCUCGUCCGAGCAGCCAUGGAGGCCCUGGGUCCCGGAGGUGGCCGUACCUCCCCGGCCUCGUCCACUCGUAGCCUGGACUCGCGGCGGUUGUCCGCGCCCACCGACUCGGCCUACAGCUCUCUCUCCGCCGCCUCAGGAGGUCCUGAGCCGCCUGAAACUCCUGAGCCGUCGCCUUCGCCGGGGACCCAGCAACUUCCCUACCUGGACUGGGACUACGUGCGCGUGGUGUGGGGCGGCCCGGCCCCCGCCGCCAGGCUUCGCACUUCCCCGCAGCCCCGGCCCGCGGCCGCCGCACGCAGUGGGCCUCGUGCCCCCGAAAAGGGGACCCCGGGACCGCUCAGCCGCCAGACCACCCCGCUGCUGUACGCGCUGGCGGCCGAGGCUGAGGCCGCGGCGCGGGCAGCCGAGCCGCCCAGCCCGCCCGCUUCGCGGGCCGCCUACCGCCAGCGGCUGCAGGGCGCUCAGCGGCGAGUGCUCCGGGAGACGUCCUUCCAGCGCAAGGAGCUCCGCAUGAGCCUGCCCUCCCGCCUGCGGCCCGCGGCCCCCGCGCGGCCCUCUGCCGAGCACCCGCGCUCCGCCUCGCUCAGCCACCCGGGCGGGGAACUAGAGCCGGCGCACUCAGGGGCUCCCACCCAGCAGCGGAAGUGGUGCUUCUCAGAGCCAGGGAAACUGGAUCGCCUGGGUAGGGGCGCUGGGUUGGCGAGGCAAUGCUCCGGAGAGGCCUGCUCCAGCUCUGGCUUCAUUGGGCCGGAGCCUCGGGAAAGGCAGCAGAGAACACUGGCUGAGUUUGAAGGUCACCAGAUCAGAUGGCUGCCUGCGACCCAGCCCCCAAGCAUAGAGGACCCAAAACCCCGGUCCUUGAAGCUUGGCAGUGCCUACAGGCCCGCCGCCAGUCGGAGUCGGAGUGCUUCCAGGGAAGUCUUGGCCCCCUGGGGAAGUCCAGAAGGUGUCAUGCCCAUUGCCCAGGCUGUUCCCCAAGGAGCAGAAACCCCUAGACCACCGUUGCAGAACAAACUUAACAGGUUCCUGAAUCAGAAGGAAGAUUCAGAAGUGUGUCUUGCAGAGGGACCCCACAGCAGUCCCUCUGACUGUGAGCAGAGGGGCUCAGAGAACUGUGUUGUGUCUGUUCGGCUCCCAUCCCUUCCUGAUGAUGAAGUUUUCCUGGAAGAAGCCCCCCUGGUCAGAGCAAGAUCACCUGCAGACUCCCAGACUCCCCUGGGGCUCCCAACCUGUGUCCAUGUCUCUGACCAGGACUACGGAGCUGGCUUGAGUCAAAGGACUGACCAAGCUAUAAUCCCCACAGAGCAGCCCCUCCAUGAGAACCCAGAAACUGCAGGGGUGGAUGAGUGUUGGCAGGGGUUAAACAGCUCUGUGAAUGUUUCCAGGCCUACAUGCUGUAGACCCACUGAGGCUGCAAAUGGUGACCUCCUUACAUUUGACCCCACUGGACUGCUGACCACUGUUCCCCCCACAGCUGCAGAGACUGACCUGAAACCUUUCCCAGGUGAUACCCUGGGACCUCCAGAUAAUGAUACCCCAGGGCCCCCUGACCACAGUGCCCUGGCUUGGGGCCCUGGGGAGCCUGGUCCUCAGUCAACAUGGGCCAGUCCACGCCUCGAGGAGCUGGUUCAGGAGCUGGCCAGAUUGGAUCCCUCUCAGAGUGACACUUUUACUUCCUAUCCCAGCCCAGAGCCAUCCCUGGGCCUGCUAGAUGGACUGAUUCCUUUAGCUGAGGUCUGGGCUGCAAUGAGACCAGCCUGUAGGGAGGCUGGAGAGGAGGCUGCUGGUAAUUCUGAGCCAGGGUCCUAUCUACUUAACUCCACCCGGCACCUGCCAACUUCUCAGGAGGGGACAAGGCCUGAAAACCUUACCACCCACGUUGUGCCUGACCAACCAUGUGACCAGGGUGCAUUAAAGCCAAAUAACAGCAUCCAAGCCAAGAAAGCAGAGCUGGCAGACCUCCUCCAAAAGAUGCUAAGGGACCUUCAGGCCGAGCAGAAGCAGCUGCAGGGAGCGGCCCAGGCUUGGGCCAGGCGCGGAGCUGCUCUGGAGGCCGCUGUCGGCCAGGCCUGUGCACCCCACGAGCUGGAGCGGUUCAGCCGGUUCAUGGCCGACCUAGAGCGCGUGCUUGGCCUCCUGCUGUUGCUGGGCAGUCGCCUGGCCCGCGUGCACCGCGCCCUGGCCCGGGCGGGUGCAGACAGCGACCCUGAAGAGCAGGCCUCUCUGCUGCAGCGACUGGGGCUCCUGCAGCGGCAGGAGAAAGAUGCUAAGGAGCUGAAGCAGCACGUGGCGCGGCGGGAGCGAGCCCUACGCGAGCUGCUGGCGCGCGCACUGCCCGCAGAGGAGCUGAGCGCCUACCGCACCCUGUUGGCCGGCAAGGCCGCCGUCCUGGCCCAGCAGCGUAGCUUGGACGAGCGGGUCCGCCUUAUUCAGGACCAACUGGACGCAGUCAGGAACGACCUCGGCCGUCCCUCGCCUCCCAGGCCGGCUUUCCCCUCAGGGACCCAUCCUCCGGAUAAACCGCCCUUCCCUCCUCCCCUCAUCUAGUUACAGGCGGUGAGGGUGGGGAGCAUUGCCCUUGCCUCUCACUCACAUGAUUCCGGAUGACGCUGGUUUAUUCGGUGCUUUUCCCUUGGGGUGGGGAAGACCCAGGCCCGGCUUUGCCAGGGUACUUCUUCCAAGUGUUCUCAUGUGGCCUUUCCCAAGUCUUGUGGAUUGUCUGGUGGUUAACUGAGAAAUUUAAAAUCUGCAGUAUUCUCUCCUGUGAUUGAGAAAGAGUUCCGGUAAGGCUUGGUUAGAAGGAGAUGAGACAAGUCAGAGAAGCACUUCAAUUUAAGAUUCAAAAUGGCCAUUUCUUUUCCCUCUCAAUAAAAACAUUGAUGAGAAGUAAUACCCGGAGUCUGGCUUGGAGGCAGGGUCUUGUUUGCAAAUUUCAGACACCUCCCUGACUAGAGCAGAUUAGCCAUUUGUCAGAGGACAUCAGUCAGGUCUGGGGAUUGCUAGGAAGACUGAAGAAACAGGCUUGAAAACAAGAGGGGCCAGGCAGAUGCUGUCACCAGUAGUCCCUAACUCUUCUGGUGACUGCAUUUUUACCACAAAACCUGAUUGGCUGAGGUUAGGUCCCUUUUGCUGGUUUUUACCCAAGCCCCUAACCUCAGUGGUAUAGUGGAAGUGGGUAGGGCUGCCUCCCUUCAAGAUUCAAGGCACAGGGAGCUUCCCCAAAUGGAAAAUGGAUUCAGAUGCUUUGCCUAAAAACCCUGAUGAGUGUCAAAUACACUUGGACAUUUGGGGAAAUUCAUUCUGAGGCCCAAAAAGAACUGUCUUCCUCGUCUAGUUGUGUUAUCGAAACUGAAUUUGUCUACCUCUCCUUUGUAAGAACCUAUGGGGUCAACCAGGCUUGAAGAGGGCAGUUGGGAGGAUGGGAGCUGAAUGGGGAUGAGUCAUGGGGCAUCUGGAGACCUAUUAUGCUGGGUGGCUUAUGUCCUGGAGAUGCCCAUUUGGGGUUGGGCUGGAGCUGAGAGUUGGGGGUUAAGGGCUAGAGUGAAAUGAAACAAAUGACACACACACCCUCUGUAUCAUCCCUGUGUACAGAGAAUCAAUGUUCUCCAAUAUACAUGUGAAAAUCUGCCUUAGUAUUUGGAGCUGCAAAGGCUGGGGACCAGAGCAUUGUUCAUGCAAAUACUGAGUGUAUUUUUGUAAGCCGGGCACCUUAAUAAUAAUGGUAUCUAAAGCCAA